AUGGGUCUCAUUCGGACCAUAGCAUUAGUCGUUCUGACCAUUUCGUUUAUCGUCUUCAUAGCGCUUUUUGGAAGAUUGCCGGCUUUCAGACGCACGCCUAUCGCCUUCCUACACCAAUUACUAUGGCGGCAUAUACCGAAUGGAUUCAUCGCGGUGGACGAACGACUUACGGGCCGUCGUAUAUCGCGAAGCCUUGCCCGGACGGGCAAUUAUCUGAUGAAUGAGAAACACCCACUUGUUCUGAUAUUUUUCCUCGGUUUACAAGUCAUAGGCGAGGCGAUGUUUGUCCCGGCGGCGUGGGAUCGGCUAGCUACGUCGCAAAAGAUCGUGAUCCCGUGUCUGAUAGCUGGGCCGAUGGUGUUUCUCUAUCUGUCUGCCACGACCAGUUCGAACGUCACACCCGAGAACCACGCGGAGUGCAUACGCGCCUACCCUUAUGACUUUGCGCUGUUCCACCCGGGCUACUUCUGCAGCACGUGUCGGUUCGCGAAGCCGGCGCGCAGCAAGCACUGUCCGAUUUGCAAGGCGUGCGUGCAGAAGCAGGAUCACCACUGCAUCUGGAUCAACAACUGCGUCGGCCGGAAUAACUAUCUGUGGUUCAACCUGUUGAUCGUGGCGACGGCGGUGCUGCUUGCGUACGGUGCGAGGCUGGGCUACGUCUUGCUGGACGCGAGGCUGCAGGAGCGGCUUGUGCCCGCGGCGCUGACGAGGGGGAGUGCGACCGCGAAGAGAUGGAGCACCGCUCUGACCUGGGGAGAGUACUGGCAGUGCUGGGCCUGGGCCAUCAGCGUCGAGUGGAGGAUUGGGAGUAUCAUGAUGCUCACGAUUUUGAGUUUCCCGCUCGCCACGGCGUUCUUGGUCUAUCAUGUCUAUUUGGUCUGGGCCGGCAUGACCACCAACGAGAGUGCCAAGUGGAGUGAUUGGAAAGAGGAUAUACUUGAUGAUCUGGUGUACAGGGCCAGAAUAGCCGAGCUGAGAGAGACGUAUCCCAAAUUACCUGACGAUGUUGAGCCGAGAGACGAGGAUAUCAAGUCCCCAUGGCCCAGGGGUGCGCGGGCCAAGUGGUGGCUCGUCAGGAUGGUUGAUGGGCGACAACCUACGCUCAGAAAGAACAGAGAAAAUGGGAAGGGUGUUGGCGAGAGAGGAGCAGAGGACGAAGGCAACGAAGUGCCUGAUGAGAGGUGGACAAAGGUGCACAGUCUACGGGAAGUGGACAAUGUGUAUGACUUGGGGUUCUGGUCGAACUUGAAGGAUAGCAUAUUGAAUCGUGAUUGA